AUGGCCGAUUGGAAUUUAAAAAACGUGUUGGUGGUCUCCUUGGGCUUUUUGUCCCUUUUCACGGCUUACGGAGGCCUGCAGAGCCUACAGAGCAGCCUGAAUGCGGAGCAAGGGAUGGGCGUAGCGUCGCUGAGUGUCAUUUAUGCCUCCAUUAUCAUCUCCUCCAUGUUCCUGCCUCCCAUCAUGAUCAAGAACCUGGGCUGCAAAUGGACCAUUGUGGCCAGUAUGGCCUGUUACGUCUCCUACUCCUUUGGAAACCUUUACCCUGGAUGGUACACUCUUAUGCCCACCUCUGUGAUCCUGGGCUUGGGUGGCUCACCUCUGUGGUCUGCUAAAUGCGCCUACUUAACCAUCAUUGGUAACAUCCAAGCCUCCAAAGUAGGAAAGAAGGGCUCACAUGUCAUCAACCAGUACUUUGGGAUCUUUUUCUUUAUCUUUCAGUCGUCUGCUGUCUGGGGAAACCUCAUGUCUUCGCUCAUAUUCGGGCAGGAUACUAAUAUAGCUGACAUCCCGCCGGAGCAGCUACAGAGUUGUGGGGUAGCAGGGUGUGAUUUUCACAUCACUGGCAACAGCAGCACCACUAGACCGGCAGAAAAACUAGUCUGGACACUGGUUGGAUGCUACAUUGGCGUGGGCGUGCUGGCCAUGAUCAUUGUGGCAGUGUUUUUGGAAAACAUCGACCGGGAGCAGACCGAUGAGUUCCGUGGGAACAGGGAGCCCUUCUGCCAUACAUUUCUGUCCACAUUCCGGUUGCUGAGAGACUGGAGGAUGGUGACCCUGAUUCCUCUCACCAUGUAUAGCGGCUUUGAGCAGAGCUUCCUGUCUGGGGAGUACACCAAGAACUAUGUGACGUGUGCCUUGGGUAUUCAUUUUGUUGGGUUUGUGAUGAUAUGCUUUGGAGCAACCAAUUCUGUCUGUUCCAUUGUUUUUGGCAAGCUGGCUGAGUACACUGGGAGACCUCCCCUCUUCUUCCUUGCGGCGCUGACCAACUUUUGCUGUAUCCUGGCUCUGUUGUUCUGGAAACCUCAUCCUGACCAGAUGGCCGUCUUCUUCGUGUUCCCAGCUCUUUGGGGCAUGGCAGAUGCUGUAUGGCAAACCCAGACAAAUGCGCUCUAUGGAAUCCUCUUCCCCCGGGCUAAAGAGGCUGCGUUUGCCAACUACCGCAUGUGGGAGUCUCUGGGAUUCGUCAUUGCCUUCGCCUACAGUACUUUUAUCUGCUUGGAGACCAAACUAUACAUUCUGCUGGCUGUUCUACUGCUGUCAAUGUUUACUUACCCCAUUGUGGAUUACAAUGAAUACAAGAACCCCACAGCACCCAUUGAUGAGGCCCCCUACGCCAAACACAACGAAACCAAUGAUACAGAGGACAAGAACAUUGUUGCUCAGACCUGUCUCUAGAAACCAUGUUGGUUUGCAUCUUUUAAUGGAUUUUCCAUUUCUCAGUCUAGCUUGGUCACUUGACAUUGGAUGUAUUUCAUUUUUUCAAUAAU